UGCAGACACUAAGCGACUGUUGAUGACGGAGUGAACAUUAAGGUCUUUACGCCGUCCAGCCUGCAGUACUCACUCCGCCCUGCGGUGGCGCUGUGGGGACGGAACAGACAGCAGCGGGUCCCUCUUGUGGUCGGACUCUGACGCGGAACAGCGGAAGCGCUCCAUAUGAACUGGUUAACGUGCUGCUGUCUGUGUGUGACAGGCCGUGUUGCGUUCAUUGUGUGAUAUUAGUGAUUGAGAGGACGGACACACUGUUACACUCUGCGGAUCAGCUCCAAUGGGAAUAAAAACCGGACUGAAAGCAGCUCUCAGUGAAGUAUCUCUCCUGCGUUUAGCUGUUCCACAGCAGCAGUGACACUGAUGAUGGACAAAGAUUCAGCCGUUAUUCAGGGUGCCUUCCUCCUGGCUGAUAAACUAUGUCUCCCCUCGUCCCUGUCGUCCAUUCAGAAAGCUGACUGGAGCAGGGUGGGACAUCCGGUCCUGGAGGCGAUCAGAGAAAUCUGCGGACAACAUGAUCCCGGUGCACACCCGACUACAGCGGCCGACAGCUGGAUGAAGAAAGUAGUUUGUGUUGUGUGGCUGAAGCUGUUGUGCAGGGAGACUGGCGACGACGUAGAGAUGGGCUGGAGGGAGAACCCUUUCUUCCCCCUCCAGAACGGCCUCCCUGAGGUCAACCAUGUUGUCCUGCUGGAAGUGGUGAAGUCGAUGGCAGCUGCUCAGACAUUUGCCAAUUUCCUCUUGUGUCUUCCUCAAACUCAGAUCUGCACUCAGCUCGAGAAGCUGGUGCAACACGUGAGCAGCAGCCCUACCAGAGAGGAGGAUGUCCGACUUUUUCUGGAGGUGUGGUGGGAACUGUGGAAGGGCCGGGAUGAGCAGAAAGCGGGAGGAGAGGAUAGCAUAGAGACGAUGUUCGCUACACAAUUUGCUCGUCUCUCAUCCAAGUCUUCCAAUCUGUCCCCUCAGGCUGCAAAGAGGUUAAAGCUAGACCCAUUAAAUCUACCAGCGUCGUCGCCAACCACAGAUAUCCUGCACAUUCUCCUUCAUGCACUUAAAGAUAUAAAAGAUCACAUAUCUACAACAGACCUUUGCCUUCAGGCCCUCUCCAUUUCUCUUGAUGCUCUUUACACAUCCUUCCUGAUAGACCAAGCAGUCGUACUUUCACCCAAAGAGAAGAUGCACAUCCUGUCUAAAGUUGUCAGCAUCAGAGAAAAGAAUGAAGAGAAACUGAGUCCUGAACUUAUUUGUGAGGCACAGAGAGAUCUACUUGCUUCUCACGCACCAUCUCAGUUUCAGCCCAGCAGGAUGGCGCUUAGAGAAGCCUUGAAGAUAAUUACAGAGCUUGUUCAGUUCUGGAAAAACAGUGGGCUCCUGAAGGCCUGUGACAGCACCAGUCCUAGCUACUCCGCAUUCAAACUAGAGCAAAGUGUCCAGAGAGUCCUCACAGCUCUACAGAAAGCAGAAGUGUCUGUGACUGAAAUGGCCGAUCAAGAGGCAGAGAAGAAUAUACUGAGAGGUUUACUGGAGUCACUGGCUUUCCCUGCUAUAGAGAGCACCCCCGAGGUGACUGCGAGGGUCACCUCCAUCAUCAUCAGUCACCGCCUGGAUGACUAUCAGAACUUUGCAGCGUUAUUUGCUGGCGAGAAGAGCUGGGCCGCCUGCGACGAGCUGUGGAUGGACUGCCUGGAAAAGAACCGGGUAGCCUUCCAGCAAUGCGACACGCUCAUCAAACUGACCUCCACCCUCAUGAGUAAACUCCACAGCCAGAGCAUGAGCGUGAGCCAGUGCAGGAAGCUGAUGAAAGUCACCGCAGACAUUUUCUCUGCGCUGUCCUUAGAAGACAAGAACAAAGCGUUGGCUGCCAUGCUGAGACUGUCCAGCAGGGGGUUCUUCGGGUGUUCCGUCCCCUCUGCUGUGACCGGCGGCUUUGAUCAGGAGCUCAACAUGGCCUUCAAUUGCAUCAUCCAAGGAGGGGGUGGAGCGUCGGCAGCAGCGUCGCAGGGCAAUCUGAACACAGCAGUGUCUUUGGUCGCAAGAGUUGCGUUUCAGAACCCCGAGGCCACUCUCAGGUCUUGUUGUCAUUCAGCCGUUUUCAAUAAAGGUGCUUUCUCUCUUAUGGCUAAGAUCCUGCAGCAGCUUCCUGGACUCAGAGGACAGAGGGAAAUAAAAGAAGAAGCUCAAAGUGAUGAUGAAGAAGAAGAGGAGGAAAGUAGAGAUGAAGAAAAGGAUGCUUUGAAUGGUAGCGGUCUACUCUGUAGGUGUCUGCAGGAGAUAAUCAAGACCAAAUCAUUGUCAGCCAAUGAGAAGGAGCAGUUCCUCAAGUGUCUGGGUCUGCUGAUGAUGCCAGUCAUGACAGUUGAGGGAGAAGAAAGGAGGCAAAGCUUUCUGCCACCUCAGGAGGUUGUGAACAACUUCGUCCUGCCUAACCUCUCCACUGUGGGUCACAGCUCCUUUGAUAUAGAACUGAGUCUGCAACUUCUCCACACCGCUUUGUCUGUGGACGUCCAGGAGCCAGACUCAUGUCCUCACUGGGUGUUGGACUGCUCUCCCUUUCCCCUUCUCUACAUCCUGGCCCAGCUGCACAGCCAGACUCUCAGGUGUUGGGAGCAGACAGCAGAGGGCACUGUCUACCACUUGUCAAUGGACACCAAGGAGCUGCUGCUGUCCGUGCUGACCACGCUGGGACAGGUGGUGGGUGCAGAGGUGGCGGCGGCCCCCAGCAGCUGGUCCAGAGCUCUGUUCUGGCUCUACAACAAGAUGGAGGAACUGGACUGGACCGUUCGUUUCCACCUGAAGCCCGUUUGGGGGGACCAUUUUAAAAACGAGGUGCCCUCGUCUCUGUUGACCGUGUGUAAUCUACCUGAGCAGGAGUGGUCCGGUUUGGACCUGCCUCAGUAUGGCCAGGGUACAGGUCUUUUGGCGUGGAUGGAGUGCUGCUCUAUAUCCGACUCCCUGCAGUCCACCAUGUUGUCCUGUCUCUCUCUGGACCAGCGCCGGCUGGACCACGUCAACAUGUUCAGCAAAGGUCUGUUGGUGGCUCUGACCCAGACCCUGCCCUGGUGCUCCGUCUCCCAGUGGACCCGACUUAUGAGAGUAUUGAGGGAGCUGAUCGCCUCAGGCCGCCUCCACGUUCCCUUCUCGCUCGAGUACGUGGACUAUCUGCCCCUUCUGGAUCUGAGGAGGUUCUCAUGUGACCUCCGCCUGUCUGUCCUCCUGCUUCGAGUCCUUCAGCUGCUCUGUGGGUCCAGCUGCUCCCACUGGCUGUCAGUGGACGGCUGGGCGCACGUUGGCAGGUUAUACGCCCUCGCUGUGAGGGAGAUGAUUAACUCGGUUAGAGCCAAGCUUCCUCUCCAUUCAUCUGGCGCUUUGACUGCGUCUCCUAAAACACCAGCAUCUAAAGACUCCAAUCCUGUCUGCACUUCAGUCGCAUCUCCUAAAAUGUCCAAAGACUCUCUGGAAGACCGUAAACUAGCAGAAGGCUCUCCACUGAAAUCAAAAGAUUCACACAUGGAGGAGGAGGAGGAGGAGGCGACAGCGGCGGCAGCGGCGGCAGUGGCGGCAGUUCCCAGCCAGGAAGUCCUUUUUGUACUCAGCCAGCUCUUCUGCCAUGUUCAGCACAUCCAGGUGAUGAUGCCAGGAGGUCAGUGUGAACCGUUGUUCCUGUCCAGUCUGGAGAUCCUCAGCCACUACGAGGCCAUCAUGGCCGCUUUUCCAGACAGCAGCAGCGUGCUGGAGAGCGACAACACCCGACACUUCUUCUCCACCAUCACAGACAACCUGGAGAACCAGGAGAUGAAGGCUGUACUGCAGCAAAAGAUCGCUCAGCUUGUGUCAUCAGCAGCUUAACACACCUAUUGUCACGUUUUCCACAGGAGAAUUCAGAGCACGUUUGCUGAUAAAAUAGGGACAUCUUUUCAGUUUUCAAUGUCAUAUGCUGUACUUAUCUAAUUUACAGUGAUGGGUAAGGACUCUGAAUGAAUAAAAAUCCAAUAUUUCACAGCAGAUGCCUGUUUGUGCUGCCUCAGUAAUU